GCAGCCCCCCAUGAGGCGGGGGCCGGCGCCGCCCCGCCGGGGCCGCUGCUGCUGCCGCUGCGCCGAGGACACGGGGCGCUUCGUGCUGCUGGCGGCGCUGAUCGCCGCCUAUCUGACGGCCGGCGCCAGCGUGUUCUCGGCGCUGGAGCGCCCGUCCGAGGCGGCGGCGCAGCGCCGCUGGAACCGGACCCUCACCGACUUCAGCCGCCUCUUCAACAUCAGCCUGCCCGAGCUGCGCGCCUUCCUGCGCAGCUACGAGGCCGCCAUGGCCGCCGGCAUCCGCGCCGAGGCGCUGCGGCCCCGCUGGGACUUCCCGGGGGCUUUCUACUUCGUGGCCACCGUCGUCUCCACCAUCGGUUUUGGAAUGACCACACCAGCAACAGUGGCUGGAAAAGUGUUCCUCAUCAUUUAUGGUCUGUUUGGGUGUGCUGGGACUAUCCUUUUCUUCAACCUCUUCCUGGAGCGUAUUAUCUCUCUUCUGGCUUUUAUCAUGAAGACUUGUCGUGAGAGACAGCUGCGAAGAAGUGGUCUUCUACCUCCUAACUUCCGAAGGGGUUCAGCAAUCUCUAAUGUGGGCAGUCUUCCUGGCUGGAAGCCAUCUGUUUAUCAUGUGAUGCUGAUUCUGGGAAUUUUUGCUAUCACACUUUCGUGCUGUGCCUCAGCUAUGUACACUGCAGUGGAAGGAUGGAACUACAUUGACUCCUUAUACUAUUGUUUUGUUACCUUCAGCACCAUUGGCUUUGGAGACUUGGUAAGCAGUCAAAAUGCUGUGUACCAAAAUCAGGGAUUAUAUAGAUUUGGAAACUUUAUGUUUAUAUUAAUGGGGGUAUGUUGCAUAUACUCUCUUUUUAAUGUCAUAUCAAUUGUAAUCAAGCAAGUUUUAAAUUGGGUGUUGAAAAAGUUUGGAUGCAGAUGUUGCUCAAAGUGCCAUAAAUCAAGUGCCCGCCUUGGACGACGCAACGCCAUUACCCCUGGAGCACGCUUACGCCGGCAUAACCUCUCUAUGGAAACUGACGGACAGUACGACAGUGACACAGAGGGGAGGAGGCUUUCUGGUGAAAUGAUCUCGAUGAGGGAGCUCACAGCUUCAAACAAAGUCUCCUUGGCCAUUUUGCAAAAGCAGUUGUCAGAGACGGCUAACGGCUAUCCUCGAAAUGUCUGUAUCAACACCAGACAAAAUGGCUUCUCUGCAGGAGUGGGCGCUCUCGCCAUCAUGAACAAUAGAUUGGCAGAAACAAGUGAUUCUAGGUAGAGCUUUUGAAAUUCUCAUCUGUGAGAAAAUGACACUUUCUUAUUCUUUAUUUAAUAAAAAUAAAAAGGUGAUUGGGCUACAGUUAUUUAAGGCAAUUUUAUCAAAGUCCUGAGUUUAGAGAUAGACCUGCCGUUUGUUUGGAGUUUGUUUGUUUUUUAAGUUGUCUCUGGGGUGCAAUGCUAUCUAUACCCUACUAUUUUAUUCUUCACGUGGCUGAUGUGGAGAAUGACAUCCUAUAGCACUUGACAGAUUUGGAAGAGUGAUCUGCCUCAUUAAGACAGUGUCCCUAUCAAGGGGCUUUCCUUCAUUGUAAAAAAUAGCCAGAAGCAAAACUCUAGCUAUGUCACCAAACUGUGGGAUAGUUCAGAUCUAGACUCAAACUUCACAGGGAUGGGACAAACUAACAUCCCAUCAUUGAAUAACCCUGUGCCCACACUUUGCUGAAGUUUGGGUCUAGACCUGAACUUUGUACCUUGUAUUCCCCAAUAAUUCAUUAUAAACCUGUCCUAUACAGAGCACACAAGUGUGUGACAGCAGAUAGACCGGGUUUGUACCAUGCUCCUAUUGAAGUCAAAGAAAGGAAUCCUAUUGAUUUUAGUGGUGUAGGGCCAAACCCAAUAAAUUCACACAGCUAUGAAUGAAUUUUUCAGCACAUUUUUCAUAUUCUUGUCUGGAGCACUACCCAAUAACUGACUUUAAGAAGUUGCAUCACAAGCUGUUACAACUACUAGGCUGUAUAUGUAUUACUAUUCCUAGCUGUUCAGAGCAACUGAACAGCCAAGAGGCACAUGCAUCACUUCACCUUCAUUGCUGACCUCAUUUCAUAUAAAAGCAGCCAAUAGUUCCUUCAAAUGUUUCCAUCUUCUAGAACAUACAUAGUCAUCAUAGCUAUCAUUUAUUUUAUUACCAGUGGUACAAUUUGCUGCUUUCAUAUGAAAAUGAAUUAUUACAUUAGAAUAGGCUUCCUCCCACCCCAAAUUUUACAUCUGUUCAUGCUACAAGUAUACAUUUCUUACUUUAGAAUAUUUUUGAAUGUAGUUUCAUGGAGCGAUACCUAUAUUUCCUUUGCAGUUCUUUGUGGUUCUGUAACAUUAAAUUUGCUUUGAAAAAUCUCAAAGAUAAGCUUAGGUGAAAUAGUAGCUUUUUACUGGAGACCAUCUGGAAGCUAACUUGCUCUAAAAUUUUGCAUGUAAAUUAUAGAUUGGCCUAGGUCUGCUGUAACCGUUAUCUUGUAUGCAGCUAGUCUUAAUCUAAAAAGCCCAUAAACCCUAGGGAACCUUCUGAUAAACCUGGUCUGAAUUUCUUAUUUGUACUGAAAAAACUGAACUAAGAGGGGUUUUGUGCAGUUUCUUUGAGAAACAUUUCAAAGCACUAGUUUAUAUAUAUGUAUUCUCUUUUCUAUGGGUCUAAAGCUAAAGGCUUCCAGGGAUUUCAGUGAGCUGUGGAUUAGGCUGUAUUGCUCUAGCACACAAAUGAGUAUUUAAGUGCUUAGCAAAUAGCAAGCUAAGAAGCCACCAUUUGAAAAACAACACAGAUCAAUAUUACUUAUUGGAAACCACUCAGGUACAUAUUAAGUAGGAUUACAGUUAAAGCAUUGAUUGGUGAAUAAGCAGGGAAAAAAAAGAUGGAAACAGGUUUACGCUAAGAUACUGGGAAUUGUUGAAAAUAUGUUCAUGAAAUGUAGCACAGACUUUUUUUUUUUCAUUUUGCAUGGUUUUUGGUCCUUAUUUUGAUUUCUUUUGAGGUCUACAAAAUGUUUUGAAAUCUAGUUAGGAAAAUCCACUUCUAACUUGAAAUGUUGAGGUUUUUGCACUUGAAAUGUCUAGCCAAUGUAUAACAGCAACCAUAUUUGUCAACGUUUCUGAAGAGAGAAGAGAAGAUACGAUAGACCUAUACGCUGAAAUGUCAUUUGUCUAUAUAAAACAUGUUAUAAGCA